ACAGGGUCCGAAUUGGAAGAUUCCAAAUCACCACCAGCUCGCCCGACAAUUUAAUUCCCUCCUUGAAGGUCUAAACGUCCCCUUCUUGUUCUCUUGACGACGCCAUCGAGGCGGUGGACCGCGGCAGAACGGAGUCUGGGCUCCUCAGGCGGAGAUCCCCCGGGCGAUUCCAGUCGUCAUCCGCAUUCCCCUGUGCAUCGAGUCGGGAUGGUUCUCUCCUUCAUACUUGUUCAGAACCGCCAGGGUAAGACGCGCCUUGCGAAAUGGUAUGCGCCUUACAGCGAUGAGGAGAAGGUGAAGCUCAAAGGCGAGGUUCACCGGCUAGUCGCGCCGAGAGAUCAGAAAUACCAGUCGAAUUUCGUUGAGUUCAAGCGCAGCACGAAGAUUGUUUAUCGACGGUACGCGGGGCUGUUCUUUUGCGUGUGUGUCGAUGCCACGGACAACGAGCUGGCGUAUCUCGAGGCGGUGCAUUUCUUCGUCGAGGUGCUAGAUCAGUUCUUUGGGAAUGUGUGCGAGCUGGAUCUGGUGUUUAAUUUCUACAAGGUCUAUGCCAUUCUAGACGAGGUGUUCCUGGCCGGCGAGAUCGAAGAGACGAGCAAACAGGUGGUGCUGACACGGUUGGAGCAUCUGGAUAAGCUGGAGUGAGAUGGAGACGGAGGAUACCCGACUACGAGGAUACAGGACGGGCUGAUAUCAUUGCAUUGAGCGACCACGGGAUAUGGUCGCACGGAGUUUAAGGGUCCAAUGUUAUCAUUGUACAUGUAUAUUUAGGGAACAUUCUUGCAACUUUGAUUUUAUUAAUUCUACGAC